CGCUGGCGUGGUGGCCGCCGAGUAGCAUGCUUGUCGAAGCAGAGUGCGUCGCCGGUGUGGAGGGGAUCUUGUCCAGCAAUGAGGAGGUGUGCUGCAUCGCGGCGUGCGGCAUGUGCGGCGGGUCGGGCUGCUCCGACGUAGAAGGCACAGACGGGGGGUCAGACUGCUGCGUGGACGACAUCUUGGACAGCGACGUCACGUGCGGGGUCGACGACGGGGUGGCCCCGUGCAUCGUCGACCCCGACAUCAUCACCACCCCGUCGGCGACAGAAGCGGCCACGCCGGCGCCGGCUCCGACGGCCGUGGAAGCGGCCACGCCGGCGCCGGCUGCGCCAGCGGCGGGAACGGCGCCUCCGUCGAUGACGACGACGGCCCCGGGGCAAACGGCGCCGGUGACUACUACUACUAUCGCACCGAGCAGCACCUCGCCGACGGAAAGCUUGACGGCCACCGCGCAGCCCGCGGCGGCGCCGGUGGUGGUGGCCGCGCCCAGCGCCCAGCCCUCGGUCGCGACGCCGACGGCGGCGGUCGCGACCGCUUCGCCGGUGGCGGGCUCGUUCACUCCAGUUGCUCCGGUCGCAGGCGCCUCUUCAUACUGCGAGAACGGCUACCCGGGGUGGCAGAGUAACGAAGCUUGUUGCUCCGAGUUCUGCGGGCAGUGUGGCGGCUCGGGGUGCGGGGAACUCGGGUCGGCCACCUGCUGCUACGACAACAUCAUCAGCGCGGGGCUGGUCUGCGGCGUCGACGUCCUGGAAGCCCCGUGCAUCAUUAUCAACUACACGCCGGCCCCCCUCGCGGAAGGCGUGACGGCCCCGGCCACCGCCGCUCCCGCGACAGCGGCUCCCUUUACGGUGUCUCCGGGCACGGCGGCUCCCGUACCUGCGGCACCGGCGGCGGAGACGGAAGCGCCGUCGACUCCGGCUCCUGUUGCGACGGAGUCCCCGGUGUCGCGGGGCGACGUCGGCGUGCCGACGCCGUCUCCUGGGGGGUCGGAGGCGCCGCAAGAGUCGGUGCCGCCGUCCGUUACGCCGCCGGUGGGGGGAGCGGUGGGGACGACUCCAGCUCCCAGCGCUCCAGAGUGUGACGACGGCAUCGAAGGCUUUCGUCACGGAGUCGCGUGCUGCUCGGUCUCGUGCGGCCAGUGCGGCGGGGCGGGGUGCGAGAACCUCGAGGGAGGCGCGUCGGAGUGCUGCUCGCACGACGUCCUCGCCACCAACAAUUUGUGCAGCGAGUCGGGGGUGGCGCCGUGUGUCCUAGGCCCGGUGAGCCAAGUGGAUGGGGCUGCCGACGCCGAUACGACCACGAGCUCAGGGGAGGCCGCGAACAGGAUAGCGGGGGGGGGGAGAGGAGUACGAGUGUUGUUGGUGCUGCCUUGGGCUGUUUCCGCGCUGAUAAACACGGCGGGCUUUCGUCUGUACAACUAUUAGCGAACUGAUGAUGUCUUCUGUCGCGGGAGUAGAGGGGGGAGGCGUUGUCAUUUUUUUGGCUGUACAAGUAGCUGUAAGAGGCUGGAUGGAUGAUGCGAGAGCGGAGCUGAACCAGUCCAACAUUGCGAGGAGGGGCCUUGGUGUCUUCUGUUUUACUUGCUAUGAGCGUUUUAUCGUUUUGUGUGUGUCGUGCGGUGCCUGUUGAGGGG